AUGGUCCGGGGGACCACCCUGGAUCCCAGCUGCCCCCUUGCUGGACUGCGGGAAGAAGGAUGGGCCGUGCUGGCUCACCCCUCCCUAAUCGGCUGGGGAAGGGCUAUGGUCCUGGGGCGGCUCCCGCACAGCAUUUCCACUCAUUUCAGAAAAUAUCUUGGUGCUGAGCCAGAACCUCCUGGUGUAAAAGAGGAUGUCGAGCUCCCCCAAAUCAAAGAGGAGGAGGAGCCAGAGCCCUGUCAACAGAAGGAGAGAGAAGAGCAACUUCCAAUCAAUAACGAGGAGGAGGAGCUGCGAUAUGGUAAAGAGGAAGAAGAGGAGAAGCAAAACACCAGGUUGACUGGUGAGCCCUUGAAGAGUGAAGAUGGUCCAAGUGAGGCCAGAAGAGGGGCGGAGCCUCCGAGCGGGGGGAGUAGCAGCAGCUCAACAGAAGGAUUGCACGCAGACAUUGCUCCGUCAGAUAGAGAUGGCGCCACAUCACGCUCACCUUACAAUGAAGAUGUUUGUGGUCAAAGAUUCAAUCGCAAGAGUACCUUAACACGACACACAAGAACCCACACUGGCGAAAAACCUUUUGCCUGCUCGUUUUGUGAUCAAAGAUUCAGGAACAACAGCAACUUGAUAUUCCACACAAGAACCCACACUGGUGAAAAACCUUUUUCCUGCUCAGGUUGUGGAAAAGGUUUUGUUCAGGCGGGAGACUUGACAAAACACACAAGAACCCACACCGGCGAAAAAGCUUUUUCCUGCUCAGUUUGUGGAAAAGGUUUUGUUCAGGCGGGAGACUUAACAAAACACACAAGAACCCACACUGGCGAAAAACCUUUUGCCUGCUCAUUUUGUGAUCAAAGAUUUGCUCGAAAGCAACACUUAAAACAACACACAAGAACCCACACUGGCGAAAAACCUUUUUCCUGUUCAGUUUGUGGCAAAAGAUUUGCUCAGACGGGAGACUUAACAAAACACACAAGAACCCACUUUGGUGAAAAACCUUUUGCCUGCUCAGUUUGUGGAAAAGGUUUUUUUCAGGCGGGAGACUUAACAAAACACACAAGACUCCACACUGGAGAAAAACCUUUUUCCUGCUCAGUUUGUGGAAAAUGUUUCGCUCAGUCGGGAGUCUUGACAAAACACACAAAAACCCACACUGGUGAAAAACCUUUUUCCUGCUCAGUUUGUGAUCGAAGAUUUGCUCAGAAGCAACACUUAAAACAACACACAAGAACGCACACUGGCGAAAAACCUUUUUCCUGCUCAGUUUGUGAUCAACGAUUCGCUCAGAAGCAACAGUUAAAAAUACACACAAGAACCCACACUGGCGAAAAACCUUUUUCC